AUGUUAACAGUUACAGAUGAAUUCAAAGGUUCACCAUUAGUAUUUACUAUGUUAAAAUAUAAAUGUUUUCGAGAAGAUUUUUAUGCUCAAGGAACAUGUUCACAAGUUGCAUUUACAAAAGAUUAUCGAGUACGUUUAAGAAAUUGAAAGAUUUAUAUAAUAUAUAUUAAAUUCGAAUGCUGUUUUCUAUAUACUAUGUGAACUUGAUGAACACUCACAAAGUUAUUGGAAAUAUAGGGGUGUGGGUGUGGGUGUGGGUGUGGGUGUGGGUGUGGGUG